AUGAUAUAUUUGAAAAGUGCUUUUGUAUCAAUUUUUUAUUUUACUGUUAUUUUUUCAUAUUUUGCUCAAUGUGCAUCAACAGAAAAUUUAAAACAAUGGAUAAUUAAUAAUCGUAAUUCUCUUCCUGUUGGAGCUCAAGAAGCUAUUAUAUCAGCAUCAGAGAGUGAUUUUACAUCUACAAUUCUUAAAUUAUUAGGUUUUAAUGGUGAAAAUGAAGUUAAUGAUUUAUCAAAUUUAAUAUCUUCUUAUACAUCAACUGAAGAAUUUGGUGGUACAGGAAAUAAUGAAUCUAAAAUUAUUCCAACUAAUUCUUUAAAUAAAGGUAAAGAAGAUAGUUAUGUUGAAAAACAAAAAGUUGGAGUUAAGGUAUCAGAAAGAGAUGUAUGCCCAUUUAAUGCAGAUCCAUUGAUAAUUACCGGUGAUUAUGUUUAUUGUAAACAAUCAAAUAUCAGAGAUUGUCCAAUCGGUUUCAUUUGUGAUAAAAGUUUUGUUCUCGGUAAUACGAUAUGUUGUCAAGAUUUAAGACCUAAAACACCAAUUGUUAUGCCAAAAAAACCAAAUCCAGUUUUUACAACAAUUAGACCAACAUAUGAAUGGAGUACAAAAGUACCAGUCAUUAUUUCAACUCCAAUAACAGUAACACCAAAUAUUGAAAUGAAUAUCAAAAUAAAUAAAUCUACAAAUAUACCAUUAUUUACAAAAGAAAUUACAACCAUUCCAACAUCAAGUACAAAAGCUCCUUCAUCAACAUCAACAACUACAGAAGCACCCAAAACAACAGUUACACAAAAAACAAAAAAUCCAUGGAAUCAUUUAUGGACAACAACACCAGUACCUGAUACAAAAAUUAAAGUCUCUGUUCUUCAAGCUGGUAAUAUUAGAAUCUUAAAAGAUUCACAAAGAGAAAUGACAGGAUCUAUAACAUUAGUUAGUGAUCAUGGUGUUAAUGUUCUUGUUGAUACUGGUGCUUCUAGUGAUACAGAACGUCUUUUGUUAGCUUUAACAAAAGAAGGUGUUACAUUAGAUAGUAUUGAUAGUGUUGUUAUUACACAUGGUCAUCCAAAUCAUAUGGGAAAUCUAAACUUUUUCGGUCGCAAACCAAUACUUUUUAAUUCUCUUGAAUAUAUUGGAAAACAUGUUAUUGCAACAGAACUUAAAGACAGACCAUAUAGAAAAAUUACUUCUAACAUUGAAGUAUGGAAAACACCUGGUCAUACACAACAUGAUUUAUCAGUUCUUGUUCAUGGUGUUAAUGGAUAUGGUACAAUGGCUAUUGUAGGUGAUCUUAUUCCAUCAGAAAGAUUUAUUAGUGAAAAAAUUGAUGUAAUGUUAUCAGAAGGUGUUUGGGAUUCAGGUACAAAACGUCAAAAUGCAAAUUUAAUUAUCUGUAUGGCUGAUUGGGUUAUUCCAGGUCAUGGACAACCAUUUAGAAUUCUUCCACAUUAUCGACAAAAAGCAGGAUGCACUAGAUUAUUAGCUCAACGUAGUAUCAAAGAAUCAGCUUAUUACCAACAAUAA